GAACGUUUCAAAUGGUCCUUGAUAAUAUAAAAAUAGUCAUAUCUAUUUACAUCGGCACUGCUUGUUGGGCCCGCAACAAUGCAAAGGCUGAUUGUGUACACUGAGGAGGCACACGGAAGUACGGGAGAGGUCCCAUCGAUUGGACAACUCCUUGAUGAGCCCUCUUCACACCAUCACAAACCUGCGCCUGCUGCAUCUCUUCUCAAUGUGUUGGAGGUGAUUUCGAGUGUUAGAAUCAGUUAGACCGAGCCGAGUAGGAUGCACAGGCAGCAGCGUAUGUGAUAUUGAGCCUGCUGCCAGUUGCGUACCUACACUGGGAUAAAGUAGCCAUUGGUUAUACGUCUUGCAUAUACAGUACCUGGCGUCAAGUAAGAACGCACAGAACAGACGCCGAGUAUACCAGUUAAUAGGUGAGUCGUAAGCAGAGCCCAAAGACAGGCCUGGUGAUCGAAGGCUGGAUGGAGAGAAAGAAUCACAAUGGUAAGUGUUGCGCAGAGUAUCUCAGUUGAACCUUCAACAUUUUUACUUUGCCAUGUAUCUCACGUCAAACCUCCAACUAUCCCUAGCUCCCUGUUACGUAUCCAGCGUCAUUGUACGACUCAAUCAGAAGUUAGGCACUUCAAUUUUGUUUUUGUGUCUCUGCUGAUCCAGUCCAGUCUUUCAAUAUGUGUAAGAGAGACGUCCUGUCGGAAGUACCUGUGUCUCUGCUGAUCCAGUCCAGCCUUUCGAUAUGUGUAAGAGAGACGUCCUGUCGGAAGUACCUACCUAAGGUAGGGGGACGGAUUGUCUCAGCACGCGGCAGUUUCGUGAGACCUGGACAUGUUUCAAUUGCCCACUCCUCCCUCAAGCGAGAUCAAACACCAAAAUAGUAUGUCAACAAUGCCUCAUCAACUUCGGAAUUGAAUCCUUUAUCUAUUCUCCCUCUCGGCUUCUGCUGAGAUAUCCUGGUUGCCGACGUUAAUUACAACUCCUUUUCAAAGAUCUAGGAGGGCGGGAUCUCCUCUUCAAACAAGCCAACAUUUUGAGAUACGAUAAAUGUGCUAGCAGUCUUUCUUCAGUUACCACGCUUUAGAUGUUGAGUAAUGAGAACCAACCCCUCUUUCUUCUUCGUCCAUUCAAAAGCUCCCCUAAGCCUUCCGACUCUUUGUGAUUCAAGCUUCAAGGACCGCUCGGUGGUCUUCACAUACUACAGUAUCGAAGUCAUACGUCUUCUCGGUAGCGCAGAGUUACAUCUCGAACGAGCGUCUCCGGAUAUUCAUUUCCCGUCUCUUAUCCCGCCGUCCUCCUCUCCUUCCUCGUUUGUUCGUUCCAACCACCUCAUAUCCAACUUAGGAAUCCUUCCUCAGAAGAACACAACUUCUUCGCUAUUCGCUAUCACAGUACUGCACCAUUCUUCCAGCUGUGCGAUCUUCUCUACUGGUGUGGAUUUGUGCUGAUUUCCGAGUUAUCUCGAUGGAGGGUUAGGAUAAUGCUUUCAAGACUUUUUCCCCCUGGAUUUCGAGCUGACGGAGAGGGGAGGAAGGGAAGGGAAGGGGAAGGGAGGUUGGAAGAAAUUGGGAGGAUGAAUUACCUGCUUGAUUUCAGAUCUUGUCGUUAUUCCGGUGCCAUACUAAUCAGUAUUGGCCGGUACAGCAAUCGAGACGGUCCAGACAAUCCGUCUUCUUUUCUGUCAUCGUACUGAUAUCCCCUCCUCAUCUAUUACGUCUCAAUCAUUUUGUAUCUCCCCAUCGAAAAAGCGCGUUUCUCGUCCUCUGUUCAAUCGAGUUGUUUGUUUUGUCCGCAUAUGGAUCCCAAGCCCAAAGUGGGGGUGUUCUCCCUCUGAACCCGACGUGCCUGUCGAUCACCCCCAAAACUCCCUCCACGUCCUCUCGGCCAGCCUAUCUCUCAUCCUCCUCCCCUCCCAGCGUUUCCUCUCAACCUCAUCUUGUUCCCCUGCAGUACUCCUCCUCUUCGUCCCUCUGUAAUCCCAUUCCCGUAACUCUGUAUCCGCUGUACUUGCUGAUGAGGAGGAGGAUACUGAACCCCAGGAGGUGCGGCGCAUGAGUUCGGGCGUGUGGUGUGGAUGUGGGCUGGAGCUGGUGAUGGAAGGCCCGGAUAGAGUGGUAAGGAGGGGGAGGGGAGCUGUGAGUAAGCGGAGUGCAGAGUCGGUGACGGUCAUGAUUUGAGGUAUUUGGUUUCCUAUUGAGGAUGGUGGGGUUUUCGUUGCGGUUCUUUCAUUACUCAAUAAUGCUCAGUAAACAAGGUAGAGUAAAGGUAUAAAAGAAGAGUGGUGAAGUUGUAGUUGAAGAUUCGAGAUUGCAUACACGAAGAGGCUGAAGUCUGACCUACUUUAUCACACCUCCCAUCCAACCCGUCACACCCAAUAAGAACAUCCCAAAGACUCACUCACUCAUCACAGCUCCCUCGCAUCAAACCCUCCCAGGGUUCGCAUAAACCUUCAGCGCCUCCAGUUCCUCGCAGCUUUACUGUAUUCAGCAACCAGUCCCAAGAAUUGAUACUCAUCGGUGGGGCGAGUUGCGACUCUUCAGCAGCACUUCUGUCGCGGGAACGGGUAGUGCGCCGUUUCAAGCAGCCAUCAUCAAACAGCGAGUUUUGCUGUUUUCGUUUCGCUCUUACACACCGUGCGACGGAGACCUGAGAAGAUCAGAUCAGAUCCUGGACGGAAAUAGAGUUGAUCAAACGCGGGUAUUCUUUCCGGUUUGCUCUGAUCUCAUAGGUUCUGGCUGUAAGUACCUAGGUAUCUUGGCAUAGGCCCUGUGAUAGAGGGGUAGCGGGGUACUUUCCAGAGCUGUACCUUGGACAAGCUACCUACCUGCGACAUACCUACGACCUUCUUUCGAGCACUCGUACUUUGGAAGAAUGACCACACCACGAGUAUUCAUUGUUCGCCAUGGUGAGACGGAAUGGUCUCUUAAUGGAAGGCAUACAGGGACAUCGGACAUCCCAUUGACUGCCAAUGGAGAGAAGCGGAUAAUUGCAACGGGGAAGGCAUUGGUGGGAGAUGAUCGAUUGAUUGUUCCAAAGAACUUGGCUCAUAUCUACGUCUCCCCACGGAAACGCGCCCAAAAAACCCUCGAACUCCUCUACCUAGGCUGUCGCGUCAAGCUCCCCUGGCAAGAGAGCCGCCAGCACCCAGACGAAGAUAUCCGCACAGAGGCAAACGUGGAGAUCACGGAGGAUAUCAGGGAGUGGGAUUAUGGCGAUUAUGAGGGUAUUACGAGUAAGGAGAUCAGAGAGUUGAGGAAGAGGGAGGGGAAGGGCCCGUGGGAUAUCUGGAGAGAUGGAUGUCCGGGUGGAGAAUCCCCCGACCAAGUAACCCAGCGCCUCGACCGUCUCAUCUCCGAGAUCCGCGCAAAGUACCACUCCCCCGCCAUCGGGCUCCCCAAAACCCAAGCCCCGCCUGGUGACGUCCUACUCGUUGCUCAUGGACAUAUUUUGAGGGCUUUUGCGAUGCGGUGGGCGGGUAAGACGUUGCAGGACGGACCGACUUUCUUGCUUGAGGCGGGGGGUGUGGGGACCCUGAGUUAUGAGCAUUUGAGUUUGGAGGAGCCGGCGAUUUUGUUGGGGGGUGGGUUUAUGGUUUGA